AUGGCCGAAAGCGAGAAGCUGGCAGUGUUCCUGGGAAGAGCAGCCAACAUCUACCCCCUGUCCUUCCUGCUCAACCUGGGACGCAGGAACAAGAUCAGCUCCAACUUCCAACACAUGAUGAUGUUUGCUGGUCUGCGCGGGGCGAUGACCUUUGCCCUUUCCAUCCGGGACACGGCUACGUACGCCCGUCAGAUGAUGUUCACCACCACCCUCCUCAUCGUCUUCUUCACUGUGUGGGUCUGUGGAGGGGGAACCACUCAGAUGCUCUCCUGCCAGCACAUACGUGUUGGAGUCGAUUCGGACGCAGAUAACACAAUGAGRAUUACAGAGGGAUCAGAGCGGCGGAGCACCAAACACGAGAGUGCCUGGCUCUUCAGGAUCUGGUACAACUUUGACCACAACUACCUGAAGCCCAUCCUGACCCACAGCGGCCCCCCACUCACCGUCACCAUGCCUGCCUGCUGUGGACCACUGGCCAGAUGUCUCACCAGCCCACAGGCCUAUGAGAACGAGUGCCAGCUGAAGGACGACGACUCGGACCUCAUCCUGACAGACGGGGACAUCAGCCUGACCUACGGUGACAUCACUGUGAGCACGGACGCCAGCGGCGCCCACACCAGUGCCGGGCCCGCGGGCACCACCUCCGCCGUCAUCUCCGCUGACGACCUGGACCGCGAGCUGACGUACGGGGACCACGAGCUGGUGAUGAGGGGUACUCGUCUUGUCCUGCCCAUGGACGACUCCGAGCCCCCGCUCGCCGACCCACGACACCGCAUGCGGAUGUGAGGCGAAAGAGAGGCCAGCUUGGCCAGAUGACCAAUUCACUCUACGUCCUGCUCCCCGCAGGAAUUAGAUCAACUAAGAUCAGCAAGAGACUGGUCUCUCUUUCUGCUCUCUCUCUC